UUUUUUAAGGCCGCGCCCAUUUUUAUCACCAGCAAGGGAUCAUCCCUGCUGUAACUCAUGUAGUAGCGAUCAAGGAAGUUGACCCACUUUGAAUUUAUUUCUCUCCCUAUACAACUUUACGUUUGAGUUGUUGUUGUAGUUGCUAUUUUUCAAGGUCCUACCAGUGACAGAAUGUCUUUUAUCCCCGGACAGCCGCUGACUGCUGUUGUGCAAAGGAUUGAGAUCCAGAAGUUGCGACAGGGAGAAAAUCUCAUCCUGGGUUUCAGCAUUGGAGGGGGGAUCGACCAGGAUCCGGGGCAGAACCCCUUCUCGGAGGACAAAAGUGACAAAGGCAUUUAUGUGACCAGAAUAACACCAAACGGACCAGCAGACACCGCCGGCCUAAUGAUGGGAGACAAAAUUAUGCAGGUAAACGGCUGGGACAUGACCAUGGUAACUCACGACCAGGCCCGCAAAAGACUAACGAAGAAAAAAGAGGAUGUAGUGCGGCUUCUGGUCACCAGGAAGUCCCUGGAAGACGCUGUGAAAAAUUCAAUGACUGGCCCACACGGCCGAAAGUAGCACUGAGGUUUUCCCGCGACCACCCAAGACCAAAAACGACUACACGAAUGACUUGUUCUCCAUGCUAACUGUUUUGAGUCCCUUCAUUCCAUUAAGUCACUGGACAAGAGGAAGACAUUUUUUUAUUCCACACACACUCAUAAAAAAAAAAAAAUCAACAUUGCGUAUGCAUGCGUGUCUUUGUAGCAUUGAUGAGGAGAGAUGUUUUUGGUACAAACAAGACACCAUUUUGAUUCUGAAUGAAACCAGUAGGUUAAUAAUAGUUUUUACCUGACAUUUACUGUAAUUAAUACAUUUUAUUAUUUUGGUUGUGGGCAUUUGUAAUGUGGGUGCUCACUAAUUUUUCACUGCAGAUGACAACCAUAAUAAUAAACUCAAUUUAGACUGCGGUUACAGUCGGUCAGAACUGAA